GUAGGCCCUAGAUAUUUAAUUUACCACAAACUAACACAAUGAUCAUAUUCUAUAAACAAACUUUACAUUCUAACUAACACAAAAAGCUCUUGCUUAUUUUUAAGCAACAAAAAAAAACAAAAAAAAACAAAAAAAAACAAUAAAAAAAUAUAAUUUAAAUAAAUCAAAACAAACUUAAAAACUAAGGAAAAACUAAAAAAAGCAAAAACAGAAAAUGGAUGAAAAGAGAAUUGACUUUGGCGUUUUAGACUUUGAUACGUAUGAGGACUAUCUAGAAUCAUAUACAACCAAGCAGGACAAACAAUAUUUGCGAAGCCAUGAUGUGAUCGCAAGAUAUCUGAAAUUGGGCUACCGCGCCACGAGUGCCCCAUAUGAUGCGGCCGAGUUUAAAAGGCGUCAGUUUCUGGCCAUGCAUGCGUUACGGCCUAAAACCUCGAAUGAUCAAUGCUUCAGUAGAUUUUUGUCGCCAAAUAACACAGAUCCCGUGCUGUUGCAGUUCAAGGAACGUGAAUUUCCCAUAUACUCCAAGAUCUUAGCGACAAUCGUCUUCACAAUGUACACGGAUAAGAAGGGAUCCGAAAUUUCAGCGUAUAUCGAUUUGGGCAUGAGCUGGGCGAACACGACGCGUCAAGCGUACAAUCAUGCCAACUGGAAGGGCAUCUACGAGGGGCGAGCCCAUCUGCGGCCGAUGCCGCAUCAUCUCAGUUAUCGUAAUGCCCAAUACAAUGUAUUCUACUAUACGGACAGCGAAAACUUUAAGGUAGUGCACGACGAUCGCUACGGCCUAAUGUUUAUGCACAAGGGCGAUCACAAGUAUCUGCCAGUUGGAGGUCAUGAUAAUCCCUUCAAUCGCAACGUGCAUCGCUCCACAGUGAUCUCGCCCAAGUACGGCUCGGUCAUAUUCUACGAUCAUACGCUGCGCAAGAAGGUCUAGAACUAUCUUGCAAAUCCUGAUUGACAAAAUUAAGUGCAAUGUAUCAGAAAUCGUAUAGUAUGAGUAAAGAGUAAAACAA